AUGAAAACUUUUCGAGAGCAAGGACGACCAAUAUAUUACUUGGAUGAAACUUGGGUGAAUGCAGGGCACACUGUCGGCAAAGUGUGGGAAGACACUACAGUGAAGUCACGCAAACAAACCUUUUUAGAGGGUCUGUCGACGGGCGCUAAGAAUCCUACGUCUAAAGGCAACCGCUUAAUUAUUCUGCAUAUUGGAGGCGAAGAAGGAUUCGUGCCGGAAUCAGAAUUGGUUUUUGAAUGCAAAGGUACAGGCGAUUAUCACGAAUCAAUGAACGCCGCCAAAUUCGAAAAUUGGUUCAAAGAAAUGUUGCCAAGACUUGAGCCGAACGCGGUGGUUGUGAUAGAUAAUGCGAGCUACCACUCAAGGCGAAAGGAGAAAACCCCCGUCACAAGUUGGAAUAAAACAAAUAUUCAAAAAUGGCUCACAUCUAAGAAGAUCACUUAUGAACCAAAAGAAACCAAAGUUCAGUUAUUGGAAAAGGUGAAAGGUGUAAAAACAGAGUACCAAUCGUACGUUAUAGAUGAAAUGGCGAAAGAAGUUGGUGUGGAGGUAUUAAGAUUACCUCCAUACCACUGUGAGUUGAACCCUAUUGAAUUGGUGUGGGCAGACGUGAAGGGCUACGUGGCAAGAAAUAAUACCACAUUUAAGAUGGUAGACGUAAAAAAACUGCUCCAAGAGGCGUUGAAAAACAUUACACCGGAAAAAUGGAAAAACUGUAUAAGCCACGUAAAAAAGGAGGAAAUAAAAUUAGGUGGUUUAGACAAUAAUAUCGACAAAACUAUUGAUUCUUUUAUCAUCAAUGUAACAGGUGAAACGUCGUCUGAGGAAAGCAGCAGUUCUGAUACCACGGAAUCUGAUUCUGAUUAA